GCUUGAAAAUGUUGUUUACCACUGCUGAUAAAAUUUUGUUGCGACUGCAUGAUAGAUUUUAUAAGUUUCAUGUGUGAUUAAACUGUAUAACUAAUGGCACAAACAAAAUAUAAUAAUAGUUUGAAAAUGGAUAAAAACGUACGCCCCCGAUCCAGUUUAACUUUUAGGUCAUUAAUUUACGCUUUUAUUUUGAAGCCUCUGACGCUCGAGUUCCGGUUACGCGGUGAGCAGCUUGACGCAGCGACGUGGAUGAUGAACUUUGAAACAAUAAUCCGCGGCGCAGAAAAGUGCUGGAAGUUGUUUUAAUCAGCAGGAACGGUUCGUUUCGGGACAUGACUGACCUGGGGGUUUCCGUGUCGGUGCUGGCGGCCGCGGUGCUGCUCUGCGAGGCGACUCGCCGGGCGGCAGCGGCUCCUCUCCGCCGUGCUUAUCGGAUUUACUUGCUGGAAACCGUCUCCACCUUCCAGCUCUGCAGCUGCACGCAUGAACUCAAACUCCUGGGKGAAACGGCCCGGCUGGACCCGUCGAUGAGCUCGGCUCUGACGUACAUCAUCACCGUUAUCCACCUGAUGACUUUCCGGGGAGCGACCUGCAACCCCAACGCGGUUCUGGAGGGUGUUUGCCGCGGGACCAGAACCGUCAAAGCGGCGGUCGUCCUCAUAGCUUUGCAGUUCGGUGCUGCUGUCGCCGCCAGGUACUUCGCUGCCUCCGUGUGGUCGCUGGGUUUGUCGGACAUCCACCUCCGGCACCAAAAGUUCGGAUACCGAUGUUUUGACCCUCUCGGCGGGACGGUUCUGGAGGCUGCGGCUGUGGAGCUAGCCUGCGCUUUCUCGGUCCAGGCUGCGGUCAUGCACGCGCACAAAGUGGAGGAGAAGCUCAGGGUGCACUUCCUCGCGCUGGUCAUCACCGCAGUGGUUUACGCAGGUGGAAGAAUAUCUGGAGCAGCUUUUAACCCCGUCCUGGCCUUCUCCAUCCACUUCCCCUGCAGCGGCCACACUUACCUGGAGUACUGUUUUAUUUACUGGUUGGGACCUGUUUUAGGGAUGGCCAGCUGUAUCCUGCUGUUUGAGAAGAUCCUUCCUUUCCUCUCUGGAACAAGUUCUGCCGUACAGAAACAGAAGACCCAGUAGUUUUUAAAAGAGUCGUGUUUGUUUACGAGUGUUUUCUUCCAUCUGUGUGGACGGAUGGCUCCUGUGAACCCACAGGGUUUUUAUUCGUGUCACAGAAGUCUGAAGGUCCAAGACCCUGUUGGGACUUUUACUGCAGGAGUUUGCAGUAUUUAUCAAACUCAGAAAGCACUUUGCUACCUCGGUACGAGGUACUACAAGGAAACGUUGGUUGGACCACAGCUACUGUUAAGAAUAAGAAAAAAAAAAACAAGGAUAAUGUGUUGAUUAAUUUAUAUAUGCUAUUUUUAUAUUUUAUAACAAUCAUGGCAACAUGUUCUAUCAGCAAUUGUUUAUAAACUUUUUGAUUUGCAGAAAUCAGCUCAGAACUCCUCUUGUGCUUCAUAUGAGCACAAAUUUAGAGGGUUUUAUUCUUCAUAUUUUCAAACUGUAUUUUUAAAGACACAAUGUACUUUUGUUUGUCUACAUGAUUUCUUAAAGUGCCUCUGGCAUCAAAUUUGUGUAAUAAAGUUGAAAGUAUUUUUCAAAAUAACAACUGACCAUGAAUUGCAAAGAAUAAAAUACAUGCUGCUGAGAUGAAGAGCUGAGAUAAUGGCAGGUGCAGCAACAGGAAAUGAUAACAAAGAUGACUGAACGUAAACAGCUUUGCUACAACAGCUGACAACAGACAGAAGAAAAUGUGAUGUUUUAUUAGAUGUUUUUGAGUCAUUAUCAAAGAGACGAAAGAGUCAGAGUUCAAAUAAAAUUAGCUGCAUUUUCAACGUUUUUUAAGUGCAUUAUGAAAUAUUGUAUUAGAAAAGGUUGAUGUAAACAGCUAAAUUCAAAUAAACUUCCUCAAUUUUGCAAAAACGUU